AGGCUCGGGGCGCUGCAAUCUGUUGCGCCGCCCUCGGAAGCCGGCAGAUCCGGGUCUCGUGGCAAAGAGUGACGUGGUCUAUCGAAUCCAAACAGAGGGGAGGAGGCCGGCGGCCAGCAGCAGCGACAGCGGCGUCCGGAACGCUCCCGGCUGCCACCCUCCCCACCCGCCGCUUGUUUGGGCGGAUUUAAAUAGUUGAGUGAAAUCAAGCUGGGUAACCAUGGCUGAAGGUGGAUUUGAUCCCUGUGAAUGUAUUUGCUCUCAUGAACAUGCGAUGAGAAGACUGAUCAAUCUGCUCCGGCAGUCGCAGUCCUACUGCACAGACACAGAGUGCCUCCGGGAGCUGCCAGGACCCUCCACUGACAACGGCAUCAGUAUUACUGUGAUCCUGAUGGCCUGGAUGGUGAUUGCAGUGCUCUUGUUCUUACUGAGGCCUCCUAAUCUUAGAGGCUCCAGCCUCCCUGGAAAGCCCUCCAGUCCUCACAGUGGACAGGAUCCACCAGCUCCUCCUGUGGAUUAAUGUUAUGAUGUGGGAAGCAGAGAUUGUUUAACACCUUGCACGACCAAAUGACUGAAGAUGACCAGAGUACUACUCCUAACCAUUUUUCUUUUUCCAUCUGCAAUUUGGGAUGAUAUUGUUUUCAUGAGCUUCUAGAAAUCUCACUUGCAAACUGACUUUUGCUUCCUGUGUUGCCACAGUUCUUAUUUACAGUAUACCUGAGUAAAUGAUUCUAUUGAAAAGUUCACGGGGCUUUGUUGGUUGGCCUAAGCUAAAACAUUCCACUGGUUCUCCUGGGAACUGUGAUCAUAAUGUCUGUGGCGGUUUCUGGCCCAACUGAAGGAAAAUUGACAUUUCUGCAUUUAAGUAUUUUAAGUGGUUUUGAUAGAUUUUAAUUCUUUUCAUAAGGUAUUUAUUUGGGGUUGUCUGGUAUGAGUGGCAGAGCCUCACUGUAGUUACUUUACCUUGGCAGUUUAUUUGUGGGUAGCAGUUUUCUGUAGUCCUUGGGACAGUGAAACUUCAGAACAUUCUCCUUCCAGCCUCCAGAUGAAAUCUGCCUGGCUUCGGCUGGCUUAUGUGACUAGAAUAGGAAAAAUUAAUUGAUUAUUUACUGAUUUUUUUUUAAUUCCCAUUUAAAAAUUUCUGAUGUUAAGAAUACUUUAAAUAAACAUGAUUGAUUAAUAUA